GGCCGAUCUAUAGCACUCUUGUUUUUCGACAGAGUGAAGAGUAGUUUCUUUUUACCUUUGCAAAUUGUAUUUGUAAUAUACUGCCAUUUCAUUUUCAAAAAUUUCUUACCAGGGGUGUGGCCACAGUUACGGGAAGGCAUCUGCUUCAGCAGGUGCUCCUACGUGUUGUGUAUGUUUUCCCUCCUUGAUGUAGAUCUGCAUGACAUAUGAAAUUCGCGAAGCAUUCGUGUCUUUUUUCAAUGUUAACAUUUCGAUUUCUUGCUGGUUGUACUGUACUCUACAUUGGUAGUUAGUGCUCCGACACCGGUGCGCAGCACACAUCAGAUCCCAUGACUAUACGCUUCCUACAACAUGUGAACAACGGAAGCGUACAUGUGAACAACAUCUGUAGGAAAUCAGAAUGAAUUAUUAGAGUGGGGUCAAGAACUUCUUCUAUCCACGCACGAAACUAAGUAUUCUUCUCCUCGCGAAUAAAGAGAGAUGACCUCCGCAGCAGCAACAUCAGUAGAAGAGGUAGCCCCCUGGCCUGCUUGGGCGGUUCAAACGCUGCUUAUCCUGGGAGGAUUGGUAACUGCGUUAAACGUAUACUCUUUCUGGUGGGGGAAGGAUAAAGUACAACGACAUGAAGGUGCAGCAGGUGGAACGAGUUCUUCGACAACAGAGAACAACAAGACCCCAACGCCAUCAUCGCCCAGUAGUAGAAAGGCGAGCUCGAAGUCAUCCUCAGUAGAGCGUGCAAGUUUCCGGCAUUUCCAGCUGAGCUACCUCGUCGUUUACCUGAGUAUCAUGCUCGCGGAUUGGUUGCAGGGCACCAAUAUGUACACUCUCUACGAGGGCUAUGGCGUCGACACUGGCACGCUCUUUCUGACUGGGUUUCUAUCCUCUGCCAUUCUCGGGACCUACCUAGGCUUGUACGUGGACCUGUACGGAAGAAAGCGAGCAUGUGUGUUUUUCUGUCUCGUGGAAUUAGUGAUAAAUGCGAUAGAACACGUGAACAGCUACCAACUGUUGCUCUUUGGGAGAGUGUUGAGCGGAAUAAGCAGUUCGUUGCUGUUCUCGGCUUUCGAGGCGUGGAUGGUGACUGAGCAUAGGCGGCGAGGGUUUCCCGAACAGUGGUUGAGCAGCACUUUUUCUUAUGUUCGAAGGAAAAAACAUAUAGUGAAUGAUGUUUCCCGAACAGAGGUUGAGCAGCACUUUUUCUUAUGUUCGAAGGAAAAAACAUAAUGAAUGAUGUUUCCCGAACAGAGGUUGAGCAGCACUUUUUCUUAAUAUGAAAGGAAACAUUUUACAAAAGAAAUCGGUCGAUUCUAGGAAAAAGGAACCAAGCUCAACUAGGUAAUUGGUGCAUCCGCUUGAGUAAAAUUUUUCCUAGGGGUUUUUGAAGUCGCAACUUAAUACCACAUAGUGAUUUACGUCUGCACUACUGUGGCUCGUUCUAAUCCGUAGUCGCUUCAGCCGGCAACGGUCUCGUAGCCAUAGCGGGAGGCUUACUAGCACAGGUCGCGGCAGACAGGCACGGAGACCUCGGCCCCUUUCAAGUGGCGAUAGGUUUGACGUGUUUUGUCUUAGUUUUGAUCUUGUUGUUGUGGGAGGAAGGCGAGGGUGGAAGAACAAGCAUGGAGAUGACGACAGGCGUAGAAGAAAUGUUGGAGGAUAGUACUAAAACAAGAACAACUUCUCCCCUUUGUUCAGCAUCAGGAGCAAGAAGAAACGUCGACGAGAUAGAGACGCUGCAGUUACCUAGAAUACCCAUCACGUCAAGCACAUCGAAUGAACCUCUGCUUUCUCCAACAAGCGGUAAAGAUAAAGCAAAUGUAGUCCUCCUCUCCACCCUACCCUCAGCAACAUUUGUUCCCUCAUCGUCUGGCGCGUCCUCCGGAUCAAAGCUACGAAAAGAAUACAGUAGUACAACAAUGACCCCAACAUCGCGGAAGAAACUGCAGAAGGAGAUCAUCGAGGACGAGAGGUCCACCACAGACACGUCCGAGAAUGAAGACGACUGUUCUUGUACUAGUCCUGUGCGCGGUGUGAGACCUAGGCUGAGCGCCACGUGGGGCUGCCCUUCACCCACAAGAUGCGGCGAAGAUAUCAGAGUCAGGCAAGAUUUUUCUGCCUCUAUGUCUAGGAUAGAAGGAGGUGGGGGCGCAGUUGGCGUUGGAGGCAGUAGGAGUUCUUGUCGAUCAGCAAGUAGUAGCAGAAGUGCCGCGUUUGUCAAGAGAAGUUGUUCGCUGGAUACGACAUCUUCUUCUAUGAGGAGCUUCACUCUUGGGUCCUCGAAAGGAGCUGCUGUAGGAGGCGAAGAACAGGUAGUGGGAGAACAAGACCUAGCAUUGCCAUUGCAGCGAUCACCAUCACCUGUAUUAUCGCCUGCUGAUGUCUAUGGAGUUGGAGGAAAAAGCGCUACAUCGCCAGUGACUAAAGAUCCUGAUUUCUUUGGGUCUUCUAGCAUAAGAAAAAGAGAAGAACUCCCUUCGAGCUACACCGCUUUCCGUGACACCUUAGUUCUGAUCUGGCAGAGACCUACACUCUUCUACGUCGGCAUGUCGCAGGCGUUCUAUGAGGGUGGCGUCUUCACUUUCGUCUUCAUGUGGGUACCCAAUAUGCAGAAUGUACUGGUGCAAGGGGAAGAAGGAAUAUAUGUAGUUAUGGUCAACAAUGAGUGCUGUCCAUCAUUCUCGGCAUCUACUUGGUCCCCUUUUGUUCCCCUGUAAUAUUCUUCUCAUGAAUAUUACAAGGUAAAAGGGAAAAGCCCAAGAUGAUGAAAAGGGGGGCAAAAGCCGAGAUGCAAUCGAGUCGCAGACUCUAAAAAUGGAGGUGGCGCUACCUUGAUUCCAACAGGUCUCAUCUUCAGUUGCUUUAUGUUGGCGAUGACUCUGGGCGGCGUCUUGUACAACGUGUUGUUGGAGGAUUGGCUGCCAUCUUCGAUCAUGAUGUUGACAAGUAGAAGAACUACCUGCUUAGACAGCUUAGUCUUAAGGGUAGGCUAUAAACGUGCUUUUGUUACCGUUUGUUAUGGCUCUCCUAAGGGGGACAGCCAUAACAAGCGGGAUAAACGAACACCAAAAGCCUACCUCUAAUAGUCCUCCCAAACGAGAAGCAGAUCAUGAGCAUCAUCACCGUUUUAGUUUUCUCCCUAGCAGCAGGAUCGAUGGCGUUGCCGUUGUACUCGUACCACUUCUGGCCCGUGUUUGGGAGCUUUUUGGCUCUCGAAGUCUCCUUAGGGAUGUACAACGCUUGUGGGGCAGCGGUGCGAGCACAGCACUAUCCAGAUGAACAUCAGAGCAGGUAGUACACUAUUUAACCUCUGUAUCUGUUGUACUAAAUCACUAAACUAGUACUAUUUAACCUCUGUUGUACUAAAUCACUAAACAUUUAUUUAGUAGUCUCUACAGUCAAACACUAACAUUUUAGUAGUUUUGAUACUCGGGAUCCACACCUCCACAGGUUGAUCAAUCUCUUCCGCAUACCUCAAAAUCUGCUGGUUGUGGUGGGCACUAAGCUAACGUCUUACGCUGCGGCUGACAUCGAGAAGAUGAGAUACUGCUUUUUUGCCGUUUUUCUUAUGCACUUGUCAGCUCUAGGCUUUCAUUUCCUUCUGCAGAGGAGGAUAGCGGGUACUAGUCCUGUUGGUGGUGUGUGUGUCGGUGCGGUGGAGAAGAAGACGCAAUAGAUGAAAAAAUUGUACUGUUCUUACGAGAAGAAGACGCAAUAGAUGAAAUUGCACUGUUCUUACGAGAGGGAGAGGAGCGCGCGCAGUGGAAUGUAGAAGUACUGAAGAACUGGAGGAGGCUUACUUUCACCCCAUCUAAAAAGUACAUGCGUCUAGUUGCCCCUUCCUGUCGUGCUGAAGUGUUGUACCUUGUGCUGAAGUCAUUGGGCGCUUGGGGCUCCAUGCACACGCACGGAUUGCCUUAGCCUCAAAGGCUUAGCCAAUGUGGUCGUCUACACUCGACAGACUUAUGUUGUGGCAGGUCUUCAUACAUCUCGUGACACUGCAGAUCAGAUCAAAUCUAGAAGUCCAAAAGAAGUCUUAUCUUUGUGCAUGAUACGUUCACGCUCGCGCAAAGUGCUAGUCUGUCAUCAAACCUUCACAAGGACAGGCGCAAGUUUUAAAUAUGACCUGCGUGUGUCUCUGUGUAGUAGAAGUUCUUCAUUUUACGUUUUUAUCGAGUGAUCUCGCGUUGUUGACUCAUGGAUAUUAAAAAUGAUCAUUUCUUGUAGUGUACUCGUUUGGAGGUACGUUCAAGCAUGAAAUUUGAUUGCUACAGCUAACUCUCGCUAACGCAAUUGUACCAUAAAUGAGAUAUUUCUAGACUGAUCUCUAUACCAAGCGCAGCUCUCCAGUCACUUAAACGCAGCUUUCCUGAACAAAAACAUGCUACGAAGAUGCACUUUGACUUUUUUCUCUCAUGGUACUCACAAGGGUACAUGCGAACACCAACAGCACCAACAGUACUUUUUCCCUCCAUGUUCUUUUUGUCUCUUUGUCGAGCUAUUUAUCUACACAAAGAACCUAUACCUAAUGAGCAAGAAGACAGCGACCUAGACGUGCUCUCCCACAUCAUCGAGGAGGAAGGACAAAUCAAUGGCAGUGUUCAACUCAAAAGUGGGUCUACCAGAAUGAUUGAAAGAACUUGAUGAGCAGCUGUCAUCUGUAAAGGUAAAUAAGAGGGAACAAGACACUUUGUAGAGAAGAAACAAAUGAAACCAAAGUGAGUAGUAAUAUGCAAUAUCGAAGAAC